AGAGAGGUGGUGCUGGACACCUUUCAGGCACUGGCCUCUGUAGGUGACCAGAAACAACUCAGUUCUCAGCAGGAUUUCCUUGCUGAAAAAUUAUCCAAUAAGCAGAAAAUAGCAAGGUUCAUCAGAAAUGAUACAUGGGCCUCUUUUGUAGGAGAAAAUUGGGAAGAGCAUUACAGAGGGUCUCGGUGAAGAAGAGCCGGCACGUCGGGGGCCGUGGGCCAGGCCGAAGGCUGCGCGGCUCACUGGCAGGGCCGGGGCGGCGCUACGAGUGCGAGCGGUGCGGGAACGUGUUCACACAUCCUUCGUCGCUGCAGCGGCACAUCCGCAUCCACACGGGCCAGAAGCCACACAAGUGCGCGCAGUGCGGGAAGGCCUUCAGCCGGCCCUCGUACCUCAGGACCCACGAGAAGACCCACAGCGGAGAGAAGCCGCACGCGUGCGGGGUGUGCGGGAAGGCCUUCCUGCGGCCCUACUCGCUCACGGUGCACGCGCGCGUGCACACCGGGGAGAAGCCCUUUGCGUGCACGCGCUGCGGGCGGCCCUUCAGCUGCCCCAAGUCGUUCCGAGCGCACGUGCUGGCGCACACGGCGGGGAAGCCGUACCGCUGCGCGCAGUGUGGCAAGGCCUUCCGCUGUCCCCGCUCCGCCCGCGUGCACGCCCGCCUGCACGCGGGCGAGCGCCUGCACGAGUGCCCGCGCUGCGGCAAGGCCUACGGCUGGCUCGCCUCGCUCCAGAAGCACGUGCGCGUCCACGAUGGGGAGAAGCCCUACGCAUGCGCGUGCUGCGGCAAGGCCUUCGGCUGGCCCUCGUCCCUGCACAAGCACGUGCGCGCGCACGCCCGGAAGACGUGGGCGAGCGGAGCCCCGGCGGGAGCGCGGCUUGGCCGUCCCGCGCCGAAGCCCGCGCCCGAGCCCUCGGGGACCUGCCAGGAGACGCUUGCUUGCGCCACGUGCGGGAAAGCCUUCGCCCAGCGCUCGUCCCUGCGCAAGCACACGCGGAUGCACACCCUGGAGCAAUCUGGGGCCGCGGACAACCAGGAGAAUCCUCUCGGGGCCCCCGGCCCUUCCACACAGCUCAGCUCGGAAGAGUUGAGCCGUCGCGGGUCCGUCCAGCAUCGUCUGAGAAAUCACACCGGAAAAGAAAGCUGCCAAGAGGAAUCAAAUGAGCCCGGCGAUGUGGAGCACUGCUGUAGUCCCGGCCACGAUCGGGAGGCUGGCCCAGGUGAAACUAAGCUACAGCCUCAUCCCAGUCAGCUGCGAGGGUUAGUGAGCCUCCACCAUCCCAGGGAAAACCUUGAGGCCCUGCCUGAAAAGUAACUGAGGCAAAAAGGCAAAGUGACGCGAAGACAGACGGCAUGGGAAGGCCUGUGCUGAGUAAUUCACCAGUCAGGCCCGCGGAGAAAGCCAUGGAAGUUGUAAAUAGGAGACUGCUUGGGAAGAGCCAACCCUACCAAGUGAGUUUCCAGGGUUAUUUUGUUGUU